UGUCCCCCGUGAGUAUCCGAUGAAGCCCCAGACGAGAUGGAGGAUGGUACACUGGGUAGCCCCAGUAGUGGUGUCUGCCCUCAUAUUCCUAGCGCUGAUGAUGGUCCUAGUAUAUAAUACAGGGGACCACAAACCUCCCGCAAACCAGACUUUUGAUUGCUACACUAAGAAGCAGGCCGCCAUUACCUUUCGGAACACCAUCGUGAUAGAGUGUUUUCUAAAUACAAGUCAAAUAAACCGGACUUUACAUUUACGGUUAGUAAUGAUUGAAUCUGAGGAAGAACCAGAAACAGAAAUAUUUAAAUUAGCAGCAAAUUCUACAUUUAUCGAGAAUCUAUGGAAUAUCACAAUUGGUGCCCAUGGAAACGAUGUGACCUUGACUAGAAGUGCCGUCACGUGUGCAGGAACCGGAAAGUAUCGAGCGGACAUCACUAUUGGUAGUGAAAGACAGAGUUUAGGUAUUGAUGUCGAAAAUAUUGUUGCUGAAACGUCAGUUUCCCUGUCACGUGAUACGGGAGAUUUGAGCGGGAGUAUAUCGUACGGAGUAACAUGUUCUCUGCGGUCCGGAUGUCAUCCAGUCCCUGUUAUACUAUUGGGUAACCAAGGCAACAGCGUGACGCCCAUAUAUGACGUAAAUCUCACGUGCAUAUCACUGUACAGUAGUGAGGAGGGGUGGACAAUGGAAUGUUCCGGUGUUGUCAUGGAGGUUACCUUGAAAUCGAUGUCGAGGCUGAUAUGUCGGUCAUACCCAUCGUACUUGGCACAAGAGUCUUCCAUCCCAACAAACAGUCUGUUUCUGUCGGGGCCUCCGCAUGGUUGCAAGAAUUCGGCAAUUGGGAGGACGUUCCUGGAUCCCUGGAGCUGUAGGGUUUACCAUAGAUGUCUCACGGAGUCUGUACUAGUAUCACAGUCGUGUAAUAAAGACAUGCACUUUGACUCACGCACGUGUACUUGCCGGAAUAUUGAUGCAGUUUCUGAAUGUGACCAUAACGGAGAAAGAGGCGGUCGUUCAACGGUUACUUCAUGUACUUCCAUUGAGUGAAGAUCGGAUAUGGUUUGAAAUCGUAAACAAGACUGAGAGAGGAAGUUUUAAAAUGCAAGGCCUCAUAAAGGACGGUGUUAAGUCCUAAACGGCUUCAGAUAGGACAAUGUAAAGUCGUAAAGGGCUUCAGAUAGGACGGUGUAAAGUCGUAAAAAGCCUCAUAAAGGACAGUGUUAAGUCGUAAAGGGCUUCAGAUAGGACGGUGUAAAGCCACACAAGGCUUCAGAUAGGACGGUGUAAAGCCAUACAAGGCCUCAGAUAGGACGGUGUAAAGUCGAAAAAUAGCCUCAGAUAGGACGGUGUGAAGCCACACAAGGCCUCGGAUAGGACGGUGUAAAGCCAUACAAGGCCUCAGAUAGGACGGUGUAAAGCAAUACAAGGCCUCAGAUAGGACGGUGUAAAACCCUACAACGCCUCAGAUAGGACGAUGUAAAGCCGUACAAGGCCUCAGAUAGGACGAUGUAAAGCAAUACGAGGCCUCAGAUAGGACGGUGUAAACCCCUACAACGCCUCAGAUAGGACGAUGUAAAGCCCUAAAAGGCCUCAGAUAGGACGGUGUAAAGCAAUACGAGGCCUCAGAUAGGACGGUGUAAAGCAAUACAAGGCCUCAGAUAGGGCGGUGUAAAGCCCUACAACGCCUCAGAUAGGACGAUGUAAAGCUCUAAAAGGCCUCAGAUAGGACGGUGUAAAGCCAUACAAGGCCUCAGAUAAGACGGUGUGAAGCCAUACAAGGCCUCAAAUAGGACGGUGUAAAGCCGUACAAGGCCUCAGAUAGGACGGAGUAAAGUC